UUUUGUUUCCGUUAGAAACAACCUAGUUUCCCUCUUAAACACUAUAAAACCCCCUCCAUUCACACCAAAUUCUCCAUCCUUGAAAUUACACUACUCUUUAACUUAUACUUGAGACAAGAAGCUACUAGGGUUUUGAGAGAGAUGGCUCCGAAAACAUCAGCAUUGCUUGCCCUCUUUUUCGCUCUCAACAUUCUCGUCUUCUCUCUAGUCAGUGCUUGUGGUACUUGCCCUUCCCCCAACCCAAAACCAAAGCCCACUCCGUCUGCAAAAGGCAAAUGCCCCAUAAAUACCCUUAAACUAGGUGCAUGUGCUAACGCGCUUGGUUUGGUCAAUGUGACCGUGGGUUCACCCCCAGUGCAGCCAUGCUGCGUGCUCAUCAAAAACCUUGCAGACCUUGAAGCUGCCGCUUGCCUCUGCACAGCAAUCAAAGGCAAAGUCUUGGGCAUCAACCUUAAUGUCCCGGUCACCCUCACCCUGCUUCUCAACGUCUGCUCAAAGAAGGUUCCACCUGGCUUCAUAUGUCCCUAAUCAGUGUUGUAUCUUCAUUCUCCCCUCUGUGUUUUUCGUGGUUUCGAAGUUAU